AUGAAAAAUUUAAUUAUUGUUAUUACUACCAGAAAUAAUUACCUCCAGAAGAGAUACUUUUGUACAUUUAUUAGGAGGAAGAAAUAUAGAUUCGAUUACUAAAACAAAAAUGAGCUUUACCAAUACUAAGAUUAUUAAAGCAUAAUUGAAAUCUUUAGUGAUUUUCAAAAUAUUUCAUUAUGCUUAGAAAAAAUUUUCAAUUAAAUAAAAGUUGAAUAUGGAAAAUCUAACUUAAGUGUUAAUGAUAAUUCUUUCGAAAUUCAAAAUAUUUGA